AUGUUGUACAACCUUGCAGUAUUCACUUUGCAGUUCCUGCAGGGUGAAGCCACUCCGGUCACUCCAGCCGCUGGGUUUAUUGCUUUCGAUCGAAUCCGGAUGUGCACAUGUCCGAUAUGGUCAAAGACCAAGAGACAGCCAGUCAGAUCGACACGAGGGUCUACUGCUCCCCGCACGACGUCUUUGGUGCCUCUUCGAAGCUCGGCGGUUACUGCAAUGUACCGUAGACCCUUGCUUAUCGAACUGCUUGGGGUCGUGGAUUCGACUCGUGAUUGCCGUUAUCUCGCAUGCAAGUUACACAGCUCGUGGGUUGCCGCUCUGCUUUUCCCACUGGGGUCAAGAGAAGUGGCUCUUUGUUGUGGUGGACACAAUCGUGGGCGGCCCGCAACCGCUUACCGCCAAUCGUGCCCCAGUCCGCAGACGACCCCUACUGAGGAAAUCCUGCACGAUUCGCCAGGCUCGAGGAAGCAGGAGGAUAUCCCGCAGUUCCUGACGCUUUGCUUUGAAGUGGUCCAGAAUUACUCGCAGGGCAGCAUUGAGACCAGGAUUGCCAACUUCUCUGAGUAUAAUGGAGCGAGACGCUUGCCGGUAAUGUCGGCACCUUGA